GGCAAUGGUAAAUGAAAAAGGAUGAUAAAAAUGGAAGUGAUAGAAACGAUGAAGAUAACUCUCCCUAUGACUUCUUCACUGAAGAAGCUCAUCUCAACCUUUCUACUUAUCUUGUACUCAACCACCGUUACUAUUACUUCAUCAGAAUCUCGAUGUCGGCGUUACAAAUCGAUCAUUAGCUUCGGUGACUCCAGCGCAGACACUGGAAAUUAUCUCCAUCUCUCUGACGUCAAUCAUCUUCCUCAAGCAGCCUUUCUUCCUUAUGGCGAAAGCUUCUUCCAUCCUCCCUCUGGCCGUUACUCCGACGGCCGUCUCAUCAUCGAUUUCAUUGCUGAAUUCUUGGGACUACCGUACGUAACGUCUUACUUUGGAUCCCAAAACGUGAGUUUUGAUCAAGGGAUCAAUUUCGCGGUGUAUGGAGCAACUGCAUUGGAUCGUGGGUUUCUUGUGGAAAAAGGAAUAGAAUCUGCUUUCACCAAUGUUAGUCUAAGUGUUCAGCUAAACAUCUUCAAGCAUAUUUUACCUAACCUUUGCAUCUCAUCUUCUCCUGAUUGCAGCAGAGAGAUGCUUGGAGAUUCGCUGAUACUCAUGGGAGAGAUCGGAGUAAACGACUAUAAUUACCUGUUCUUUGAAGGCAAAAGUAUCAAUGACAUCAAAGAGCUUGUUCCUCUAGUCAUCAAAGCUAUAUCUUCUACGAUUGUGGAUUUGAUCGAUUUGGGGGGCAAAACAUUUCUGGUCCCCGGAAACUUCCCAAUCGGGUGUUAUGCGGCGUAUCUUACUCUAUUUCAGACCGUAGCAGAAGAAUACUACGACCCGUUCACAGGUUGUCUACCAUGGCUCAACGAAUUCGGAGAGUACCACAAUGAACAGCUCAAGAAAGAACUCAAAACACUCCAAAAGCUCUACCCCCAUGUCAACAUCAUUUACGCUGACUACUACAACUCUCUGUACACGUUAUACAAAGAACCAGUCAAGCAUGGGUUUAGGAACCGACCUUUGGCUGCUUGUUGUGGAGUCGGAGGUCAAUACAACUUCACUAUCGAUAAAGAGUGUGGAUAUGGAGGAGUUAGCUACUGUCAAAACCCUUCUGAAUAUGUGAAUUGGGACGGUUAUCAUUUAACCGAAGCAACGCACCAGACGAUGGCUCAAGGUAUCCUCAAUGGCCCCUAUGCAACUCCUUCUUUCGACUGGUCCUGCUUUGGCUCUGAAUCUGUUGAUAAAGAGUGUUCUUUCAGUAGUUAAAUAGCAGCUUUUGUGCAAAAGAGAAUAAAAUAUAUGGUGAUGGUGAUGAUUAAUAAGAACAGGUCUGGCAAGGUUUUGACAUAAUAUGAUAUUGACUUAUGACAAAAACCAUAAAUGAUUCUAUU